AAUGGCGAGACGUUAUGAUACGCGUACAACUAUAUUUUCUCCAGAAGGUCGACUUUAUCAAGUUGAAUAUGCGUUGGAAGCUAUUUCUCAAGCUGGGACUUGUUUAGGAAUGCGAACAAAUGAAGGCAUUUUUCUGGUAGCUGAGAAACGGGUUACAGAUAAACUGCUUGAUUCUAAUGUUAUGCGCGAAAAAAUUUUCAAAAUUUCUCAAAAUGUUAUAUGCGCCGUCGCUGGAAUUACAGCCGAUGCUAAUGUUUUAGUGAGCAAAUUACGUGCUAUGGCAGCUGGUUUCCGCAGUAGCUAUGAGGAUGAUAUUCCAAUUGAACAGCUUGUCUCACUUUUGGCUGAUUUCAAACAAAGAUAUACGCAAGUUGGAGGAAAGCGCCCUUACGGUGUUUCUCUUCUCUAUGCUGGUUGGGAUCUUCAUCACGGCUUUCAACUUUAUCAAUCCGAUCCAAGCGGCAACUACACGGGAUGGUUCGCUACUUGUGUAGGCAAAAAUCAACAAACGGCAGUUUCUCACUUUAAACAGGAGAGCAAAGACAGUGUGGAGAAUAUGACUCUUGAGGAUGCUAAAAAGCUUGUUAUGAAGGUUCUUUUCAAAACUCUGGAUAGAAAGCCAACAACAGAACGACUGGAAGUUGCUGAAUUGAAAAUGGUUGAGGGCAAAUUGGUUAUGCGUUUUGUUCCAGAUGAUGAAGUAAAGGAACUUAUUGUUGAAGCUGAAGAAGCGUGCAAAGCUGCUGCUUCGACGGAUUGAAAAUUUUUUGACAUAUUUGUUGGUUAAAUUAAUGUAAGGAAAAUGGGAAUAAUGAUAAAAUAUUUAAUUUGUAAAAUGUUUCUUUAAAAAGUUACUUUCAGGAAUUUUUCCAAAACAAACUUUCGGGAAUUUUUCCUUUUUUCCAUUCUUUUAAAAUUCUUUUUGAAAAUUUUGUAAACUUCCAAAAAUAUCAACAACUACCAGAAUUAGGUGUAGAUAAAAAUGCCCCAAACAGUAUUCUGGCAAAAUUAAUUAUUAUGUAAUUGAAUAAGAGAGAGAGUCGAUGUCCUUUGUAGCAAAAUAAGUGAUAAUUAAUUAAAUAGGAACAAUAAGAGAGGGAAAAAAAUUUAACCAAUAACCAAAAAAAUGAGCAAAUUAAUC